GCAAAUCAUUAGCUAUAGUAACAGAUAAUUUAUUAAAUAUUUAUUGGCACCCUUAGUUCCGAGAAGACAUCACUCGCCUUAACUGAAAUGCUGCUUUUGGGUGCACUGAGUGUAAUUUUUGUUGCAAGUUCUAUAGAAGGAGCGAAACCACCAGCUGAUCCUUCUAUUUUAAUAAUUGGUAGUGGACCGUCGGGAAUUGCAGCAGCAACAAAAUUAUUAAAAAAUGGUUUUAAUAAUUUUAAGAUUUUGGAAGCCGAAGGCAGAAUUGGUGGCAGAAUCCACAGUGUAAAAUUUGGAGAAGCUUACGUUGACUUAGGAGCAGAAUUCUGCCAUGGCGAGGAAAGUAAUAUUGUCUAUUCCAUGGUAAAAGACCUAAAUCUUCUGAAACCCACCGGGAUAAAAGGGAGUUUCUUCAUAUCAAAUGGAGAGGAAGCUGAAAACAGCACCAAGCAAAAAAUAAUGGAUUUCGCCGAAAAGUUAAAUUCAAAUAACGAUCCCAUUCCGGGCUGCGAAAAUGUAACGUCAGUGGGAGACUGUUUAGAUAUUAAGUUUAAAACUUUAGUAGAAUCUGGCAAGGACGAUAAAGAAAAGGAGGUGUUAUCAAAUACAAUGGACACGAUAACUAGUUACAUUAGUGGAUAUGAUAGCCCUCUAGACCUGCACGAUUUAAAAUCAACCACAUUGUUUCAGACUAGCAAGGGAGACCAGACAUUGAACUGGGACGGACAUGGAUACAAGACGAUAUUAGAAAUUAUGAUGCAAAAAUAUCCGGAUCCAACCAAACAGUUGCCCAUAGAUGACAAAAUCUUACUCUCACAUAAAGUGGCCAACGUUUCUUGGCAAGAUGGCAAUAAAGUUAAAGUAGUAACAGAAAAUAACACCAUGUUCGAGGCUGAUCACGUUAUAUUUACUCCCUCGCUAGGGGUGCUAAAAGCCAGCCAUCAACAUAUCUUUAAGCCACAACUACCAGAAGAGAAAAUUGAAGCAAUAAAAAACAUGGGAUAUGGGGCAAUUGCAAAAGUGAUUGUGCACUUUCCGGAACGCUGGUGGGGUAACACCACGUGGUGGUCAUUUAUCUGGACCAAAGAAGACAGAGAAAAACUUACAGAAAUGAAUUUAUCAUGGCUAAGAGACAUAAGUGCCUUUGUCCAAGCAGAAAACAAUCCAAAUGUCUUAGUAGUAUGGGUCGCAGGAGGAUUUGUGCCUUACAUAGAAACUCUAUCAGAGGACAAGGUUAUGGAAGGAGUUAAAUAUCUUAUAAAUACAUUCUUGCCCACACAUUUUAAUGUCACCAUGCCAGAUACACUUAUAAGAACUAACUGGUAUUCUAACCCAAACUUUAAGGGCACAUACUCUUACGAGUCUACAAAGGGUUACUUAGCAGGGGGUAAAAACUUGCAGGAAAAACUGGGAAAACCUUUGAAAGACAAGGAUGGGAAGCCUGUUGUUUUAUUUGCCGGAGAGGCUACACACCCUUAUUAUUUUUCGACUGUUCAUGGAGCUAUUGAAACUGGUUAUAGAGAAGCUGAUAGAUUAAUACACUGGCAUAAAAAAUAUAUUUUGUAAAUUAAAUUGGCUCAUUAAAUUAAAUGUUGUGACUGAAAA